UUUAUUUUUUAUUCAUUCAUUUGUCCCCUUUAUCAUCUUUCUCUCCUUGACCAAAUGCACAUUCCUCUUCUCACAAUCCCACCAAAUCAACCCCACACAUUGAUUAACCUCAAUUCUCUCUAUUCCUUUUCGCUUCUACUUUCCAAUGACGCAAUCGCUUUCUUCAAUUCCAAACCAGAAUUAAAAACCAAAAAACCAUUUUCCCCUUUCUCCGAACCAUUUCCGUUUCCCAAUUCCAUCAAUCGCAGUCUCAUCGGAUUCCCCCAAUUUCGUUCCGUUGUGGAUUUCAAUUAUGGAUAAACUAGGAGAUGGGAUUUUUCCAGAUGAGGUGGUUAUGCAGAUUCUUGCUAGGUUACCAGUGAAAUCGCUUUUUAGAAGCAAAAGUGUGUGCAAAUUGUGGUAUAGGUUGACUUUGGAUAACUAUUUCAUUCAAUUGUAUAAUGAUGUUUCUAGGAAGAACCCUAUGAUUCUUGUUGAGAUUUCAGAUUCAUUAUUAGAAUCCAAAUCUAGCUUAAUCUGUGUUGAUAGUUUAAGGGGUGUAUUUGAAUUUUCGCUCAAUUUCUUGAACGAUAGAGUUAAGGUUCGAGCGUCCUGUAAUGGGUUGUUGUGUUGUUCUAGUAUUCCUGAUAUGGGUGUUUACUAUGUCUGUAAUCCGGUUACGCGGCAGUUUCGGUUGCUUCCGAAGAGUAGGGAAAGGCCGGUGACUCGGUUUUAUCCUGAUGGUGAAGCUACUUUGGUGGGGUUGGCAUGUGACCCGGCGAAUCAGAAGUUCAAUGUUGUGCUUGCUGGUAGUCAUCGUACUUUUGGUCAUAGGCCGGAUGGAAAAUUCAUAUGUUUGGUGUUUGAUUCGGAGUUGAACAAGUGGAGGAAGUUGAUUUCUUUUCAAGAUGAACAUUUUACUCAUAUGAAUAAGAAUCAAGUUGUUUUUGUCAAUAAUGCUUUACACUGGUUGACCGCUAGCUCUAGUUAUGUACUCGUGCUUGAUUUAAGUUGUGAUAUUUGGAGGAAGAUGUCGUUACCGUAUGACCCGAUUUGUGGAGCGGGAAAUAGGACUUAUUUAUUGGAAUUAGAUGGUAGGCUGUCGGUUAUUCAAAUUUCAGAAGCCUGGAUGACUAUAUGGGUGCUGAAAGAUUACUGGAACGAUGAGUGGUGCAUCGUGGAUAAGGUGAGUCUGAGGUGUAUCAAAGGAAUGGUGCCAGGAAUUUUCCCGAUCAGUCAGACGAGCGAAUAUGUUUUCAUGGCAACUCAUAAGCAGGUUUUGGUGUAUCAUCGCAGGAGUCAUGUUUGGAAAGAAAUGUACGCCGUGAAGUAUAGCUCAACACUCCCGUUAUGGUUUUCAGCACAUGCGUAUCGCAGCACAAUGUUCUCUUGUAACUAAGGCACGGUGAGUCGGUGACUACAUUAGAAAACUUUUGUACAUGUAUUUAUGGUUUCAAGUAUUUAAAAUUCAUUUAGGAACUGUUAUUUGCUGAAAAAUAUUCAUGUUUCUGGCACAGUAUCUAUUUCGAAACAUUUGUAUUGUUUAUUUUCAUGGAAAUCUGUUUAUAAUGCAGGACAAUGUUCUCUUGUAA